GCGACAAAACAAAAACUGUCAAAAAGCUGUUGACCACUAAAAUCGCGAAUUGGAGGAGCAUCAGUCGGCCGUGGACGGUGAUCGGCAACGGACGUUUUUUUUAUAAAAAAAAAAAACUUAAGAACAUUAUUGAUUAUCCAUGAAGUGGGCAAUAGGCUUAGCUUUUGUGCUUUUUUUGGGCUGGAGUUCUUCCUUUAACGCUCAAGCAGCCAGGAUAUCCUCCUUGGAAAUUCAGCGCCGCUGGCCAGACUCUAAAUCCAGGAUCAGUGCCCGGAAUAAUCCAGUUCAGUAUGUGCUGCUUCCAAGUGCCAGGGGCGGAUACAAAAGGCGUUAUGUCCACAAUCUGGGCAAAGCAGCUGCAACACCAACCACUGAACGUCCCUUGGUCCGCGUUUGGAACAGUUUCGUUAGGAGCGUGACGCCCUCUAUCAGUUUCCGCAACUUAACCAAUCCACUGGCCAACUUCUUCAACGAUGGCAGCGCCAACAUUAUUGAGACCUCUCCCGUAGUGCUCCAGUCUUACGAUGACGAGCAAAACAUCCAUCUGGAGGAAUCGUAUCCUGCGGUCCAGGAGAGUUCCAAUAAACGCAAGCGAAAGCGACGCAAGCAACAGAAACGACGACCUUCUUUCGAUUCGGAGGAAUUUGGAGAUCCUUACAAUCCAUACGAUCCGUAUUAUACCCAAUCACCACCAUUAACUCCCGAACAACCCAUGUUCUUUUAUGACACGAACUCCGGUAGCUACUACGGAGUGCAGCGCUACAGUCCGCAGGACUUUCAAGCAAACUUUUUCAACAAUUUCCACGAACAGGCUGAGCCCGAACCAGAGGAGGUUGAGCCAAUUUCGGAACAGAUUCCGGUGUUGAGAAAACUCAGCACUCGGAAGGUAACCCUCCUUCGCCCAGUGCCCUUGUCAUCGGCUAAAGGCCAAUCUCAAACGCAUUUGGCCGAAACCGUGCAGCCCGAACCGACCAAUAGCAACGAGGAGGUGACGGAGGAGAGCGAUGUUGACGAAGGCAGCACAAUGAGCGAUGCACCGACUAGCGAAGACGAAGACGGUGAUAUUGCCCCCCAGUCACCACUCUCCGAGAGCAUGCGCAAUUCACUAGGAGCGUACAUGCGCGACGAUCACCACACCCGUCAGCGCCAGAGGCAGUCUGGCAGUGAACGAAGAAUCUUCGAUUCCUCCGCCAAAGUCUCUCCCCGCCACCAACAACGUCACUUUCUAAGGCUGGGCGCCUGGUGA